GUAAGGAACAUCGAUUUAUCCGGCAAAAAAGUGUCAUUUAGUAAAUUUUGAAAUCAUCAUUUAUUUACAGUAAGAAAUGAUACAAUUAAUUGCAUAGGGUUACUGCAACAUGGAAUGUUGAAACAUUUUUAUAUAGAUUGAAAAUAAAUCAAUUUUGAAAUACUGUCAGAAUGGAAGUUAUUGAGCUUGUAUCCGAUGAAGAAGCAAUAGAGGAUAAUAUGAAAGAGAAUAAAAGUCCUAAAACUUACAACAGUACUUGCAUAAAUUUUCAAUGUUGUUCUGGAACAGACAUGAGAUCGGCACCUUCGUUUGCAUGCGCUUUUUAUGGAGUAAAUACAGAAAAGAAGAAAAAACGCAUGAUUUGCAAAAAAUGUUUUAGUGCCGCAUUGGACCAUCAAAAGCAAUUAGUAGCAGCUUUUGUGGAUCACAAACCAUUAUUGAAAUGUGAAUUUCCGGAUCAUACGAUGGAAGUAGAAAUAUCUGACAGUGAUGAUUCAGAUGAUGAAAAAAAGAAAGACUUGUACGAUGAGGAAAAGUAUUUACCCGAAGAAAUGCUUAUUAGUAUGGAGGAAAUGUUAGACAGUACAUUAAAGAAUAUUCUUACAAAGUAUGAUGUUGACUAUCAAAUCAAUGAGGCACACAAUAAAUUAAAAGAGCAAUUGGAUAAUAUAAACGAAGAAAAUGAAGUUUUGGACACAACUGUUAGAGACUUGAUGCGUACUAUGGACACAUUACGCAAUAGCUUAUACGAUGAGUUCAGACCACAAAUUCAGAUGCUUCAAGAGCUCCAAAUUGACGAUGUAUCUAACGACAAUGUUUCUUAUUCAUUGGUAGCAACAAAAAAAGUUACACAAGUACGAGUCUCACCUGCUGUAUUACAGGAUAAUCAACCAGAGAUUCUACCUAUCGAACAAGACAAUAAACAAGUUAUAGCAUUGGACUUACCUCCAACUGGACCACUUGUAAGACCACAAAUAGAUGUGGAUGCCAUUGUAUAUAUUAUGAAGCACCCACUUAUGCCAUGGAUUAAGGGAAAAGUCCAAACUGUAGUUUCAAAAAGUCCCCUACACUGUCGUGUUAAGUUAUUGCAAAAAAAAUAUAAUUCAGUUAUUAAGUCUGUUUUCGGCAAACAAACUGCACCUGCUAUAAUUAGCCAGGUGAUAAUACCAGUUGGUACGCGAGUAGUUGCAGUUUUCCGAGAUGUUUCGUCUAGUAAUUUUUAUAGCGGCGUUAUAGCUGAACCACCAAAAGCUACAAAUAAAUAUAGGUAUUUGGUAUUCUUCGAUGAUGGGUAUGCUCAAUAUGUGGAGCAUGGACACAUUUAUUUAGUUGCUGAAUCUUCUUCCAAAGUUUGGGAAGAUAUACCUAAUGAAUCACGAGAUUUUGUGAAAAAAUAUAUUGAUACAUAUCCUGAAAGACCAAUGGUAAAGCUGCAAACAGGACAAGUAGUAAAGACAGAAUGGAAUGGCAAGUGGUGGAUUGCUAGGGUAGUACAAGUUGAUGCAAGUUUAGUGCAAAUGCAUUUUGAUGCUGAUGGAAGGACAGAAUGGAUCUAUAGGGGUUCUGCCAGAUUAGGACCAUUGUAUCUUGAGCUUUUAAAAGCCAAUGCUAGGCAACAAGGUCAUCAUGCAUCUGUUAAUACACCAAGUCGACAUCGACUUCCUGUCAUUUCUAAUAAAAGCAAUUUACCUUAUGUGGAAUACACAUCUAAUGUAGAGAACGAAGAAGAAAGAAUUUCUCAGGCAGAAAAAGAACAGACGCCUGUAAUAAGUGAAAGUACAAGUAUAACUACUUCAAUUGCACCACAACAGACACGUGCUGUCGCUAGAAAGAGUACCAGUAAAAAACAAAUUAUUGUAGAUACAAAUACGUAUAAUCCUACUACGGAAACAAAACCUUCGCAUAGCAUAGUUUAUUAUCAAACACAAAAUAAAAUUCAGACAAAGAAAUUUGUUCUACAUAAAUGUGGUCCUCAAUGCGUUGAGGGUAUAUCUUUUACACCUGAUGAUCUAAGAGGAUAUUCGCCUCUUUCAAUACCAUUACUUUGUGGAUGGAACCGACAACUUUGUAAAUAUCCUAAAGGGAAAAAAAUUACAUUGUAUCAAGCACCGUGUGGUGUUAGACUACGAAAUAUGGAAGAGUUGCAUCAGUAUCUUCGUAAAACAGGUAGUCCAAUGUCGGUUGAUCUUUUUGAUUUUGAUUAUUGGGUACAUUGUUUAGCGGAGUUCGUCUUAGAUAAGUGUUUCAUUAAUAUAAAGGAUCUCAGUUAUGGUGUAGAAAAUGUACCAAUACCAUGUGUCAAUGAAUUAGAUCACACUCAACCAGAUACUAUACGAUACAGUACACAAAGAGAACCGACCGAAGGCGUAAAUCUUAAUUUAGAUCCGAAUUUCUUGUGUAGUUGUGAUUGCGUAGAUGAUUGCGAAGACAAAACAAAGUGUCAGUGUUGGCAAUUAACAAUACAAGGCGCAACUCUUGGAGGAAGAGUACCUAACACAUCUGUUGGUUACGUGUAUAAACGUUUACCAGAGCCAGUGACUACUGGAAUUUACGAAUGUAAUUCAGGGUGUAAAUGUGCCAUAAAAACUUGUCUCAAUAGAGUAGUGCAACAUCCGUUAACAUUAAAGUUACAAGUAUUCAAAACGGCUCCUCGCGGUUGGGGCAUAAGAUGUCUAAAUGAUAUUCCUCUUGGAUCUUUUAUUUGUAUAUAUGCUGGUAGAUUACUUACAGAACAGGGAGCUAACGAAGGUGGUAAAAAUUAUGGUGAUGAAUAUCUUGCUGAAUUGGAUUAUGUUGAAGUAGUAGAAGGAAUUAAGGAAGGUUACGAAAGCGAUGUUCUUGAGCCAGAAAUGCCAUUGUCUACUCCAGAAAAUAAAAAGAAAUCUAUUACAAGUGAUGAUGAAGAUAAUACGAAAACAAAUGGUAAUGAUUCAGAUGAAGACUUUGAUAUUACUAAAUAUGUAAAUUUUAAUGUAGAUUCUACGGAACCUUCGUCUAUCAGGAAACGGCUUAGGAAACGAAAACGAGAUGAACCUAACCAAGACGGAUCCGAAGAAAAUAGCGAAGACGGAAGCAGUACUAAAAAUUCUGAAAAUCCCAUGAAACCUUCCAUUAAUGAAACCCGUCCGAAUGAUCAAGACACAAUUACAAUAAGUGAUGAAGAAGAAAACAGAAGCGGUAGACGCGAACCAAGUAGAUUCGAUCCAACAGUAGAACCAGCACAAUUAGAAAGACCUACAUUUAAGUCAGUAAGAGAUUUCUUUGGAGAGGAUGAGGCUGUUUAUAUAAUGGAUGCUAAAACAACUGGAAAUAUUGGACGCUAUCUAAAUCAUUCUUGUGAUCCAAACGUUUUCGUUCAAAAUGUAUUUGUUGACACACAUGACGUAAGAUUUCCUUGGGUGGCAUUUUUUGCUUUAAAUUAUAUUAGAGCAGGUCAAGAAUUGACAUGGAAUUACAGCUAUGACGUCGGAAGUAUACCGGGUAAAGUUAUUAUAUGCAAAUGCGGCGCGUCUAAUUGCAGGGGUCGACUUUUGUAA